AUGACCUACGCGCGCCCGGGCAUCUCCCGCCGGUUCUCCGAGUUCCGAUCUCUUCACCCGCGACAGGUUCCAACUGCCCCCUUCCUCCCGCCAACCUCUGGGUCGACUUUUACGUGCACGCGACUACGUUCCCUCCAAGACGUGCUGGACGUGAUCAACUUGUCGCCCCCCAUGUAA